UCAAAAUCAUGACCAAACUUCAUUUCUGAAUUGCAGCCAACUUAAGCAGCAUAGUGAGACAAGCAUUCACUUUUCAGAUGGGACUUUAUAGUAAGAAGGGAAGUAAGAAUGGAACAAAUGUGGUAGAUACAAGUUUCCAGUGUUUUGUUUGCUUUGUACACAGACCAUCCUAGGCAGACAAGUGGUUCUCUCUGCCCUGCGUCCUCACGUCCCUCUCCCUGCCUCUGGGCACCGAUUUUCUGCUUUCUCCUUUGCCCAGCCACCUCCUGAUGAAUAAUUCAGAAGGAUUUGUGCUCUCUGCACGCCCGUCCUGCUCUUCAGUGGUGUUGACUCUGGGCUCUGUCUGCUCUCACAGAAGAGGCUGUCGUCUGGCCGAGCAGAGAGGAGAAUGGCAGACGCAGGAUGAAGUUCCCGAAGGGAGCCGGCGUUACGUGAUGGACAAAAAGACCACAGAAGGCCAUGGGGAUGCUCCCAGCCCUUUGGGAUACACCUCCGUGCAGCGUGUCACCAUCUGCACGAACCUCCCCGAGCACCAGCGUGGCAAGAUCUGGUUUCCUAGGAGGAGCCGCUGCUGGGGAGGCUGAGCAGAGCCUUGCUGGGAGCCCGCAGGACGCUGCGAUCCCUCCCCGCCUUUGCCUGUGGGAGGUGGGCCCUGGUGCCGGGUCCUGCUGCGUGCUCCCCCCGGCAGGCAGUUCUCAGCGGUGCUCAGACAGCGACCUUCCUCCGGGCAGACAAGUGCAAGCAGUGCCCCGGGCGGCUUUGGCUACGCAGAGCACCGAGCAUGACUAAUCCCGGCACCAAGGGCUCGUUCCUCUCGCAGCCGAUGGUGAAGAGCGUGCUUGUAUAUCGCAACGGGGAUCCUUUCUUUCCGGGACGUCGCAUUGUCAUCAACGAGAAGAAAGUGUCCAACUUUGAAGUCUUUUUGAAAGAGGUGACUGGUGGGGUGAAGGCACCUUUUGGAGCUGUGCGUAACAUUUAUACGCCUCGGGCUGGGCACCGUGUCCGGCAGCUGGAGGAGCUGCAGAGUGGAGAGCAGUAUGUGGCUGGUGGCAGGGAAGCCUUCAAGAAACUGAACUAUUUGGACAUAGGGGAAACAAAGAAAAAGCCUGCUGAAGUCAACAGUGAGGUCAAGCCAGUUACUCACAGUAGAAUCACUGCGUCAGCACGGUUUCGAAAACCAUUCCAGGAACCCUACACAAUUUUCCUGGUUGCUAAUGGAGACCUUAUUAGCCCUGUAGUGCGACUCCUUAUACCCAGGAAAACUCUGAAUCACUGGGACCACAUUCUUGAAAUGGUUACAGCAAAGGUUUCCCUCAGAAGUGGAGCUGUUCACAGACUUUACACUUUAGAUGGAAAACACAUUCAGAAUGGGUCAGACUUGGAGAAAGGGCAAUUUUAUGUUGCAGCGGGUAGAGAAAAGUUUAAGAAGUUACCAUAUGGUGAGCUGCUGUUUAGCAAAUCUACAAUAAGGCCACAGGGUUCUAAAGCAUCCGUACUGCCUCCAAUUGCAGCACCUCGAAAAUCUAAGGGCAGUGGAAAUGAUUGGCAGUCUAAAUCUACUGUUGGAUCCAGUGACGCUGGAGAGAACAGUUCCUCACCUCAGCCUCCAAAAGAGAAGGGCAAAAAAUGCCAUAAUCCAGAGGAUUCUGUGUCCAGAGGACACAGUUCUAUCAAAUCUACUAAAGAAAAUCAAACAGCUUCCACAAGAUACCUGCAAGAUAAUGGUGAAGGGAUUUACAGAGCUCGAGAAAAGCGAUCUGAAAUGUGGGGGGCAGCUGAAGUUCAAGAAGAUGAAGACACUCGUGUAGAAGUUCCAUUGGACCAGAGGCCAGCAGAAACUGUGGAUGAAGAAGAAAAUGCAGAAGAGGAAGAUGACAGAGGAGAGGAGGAAGCACAUAAACAGAAGGAAGAACAGCCAGAAGUAAAUGGAGAGGAAAGUGGGGAAACUGUUACGAAAAGAAACACAGGAGAAAAUAAGAAUAAAUUAAAUGGGAAUUAUGAACACAAAACAGAAGGAACAGAGGAUGUUGACCAGGCAGAGGAAGAGGAGCUCGCCCAUUUAAAUGGCAAGAUAAAUAAAGACAGUGGUGGGCUGAUGGAGCAGAUGAAUGGCCACGAUGAUCUCCAGCAUGAAGAGGAUGGAAAAGAGGAUUAUUCUGGCAGUCAGGACCAGGUUGAUUCCCAUCAUGAAAAAACAUCCAGAAAUCCAAGGGUGACAAUCACUAGCCCACAGGAAAGUGAAGAAAAGGACCAGAGCAAUGGCUAUGCUGCAGUUGCAUAGAUCUAAGGAAAUGUAAUCAGUGGGAAGUGAAAUAAUACUUUCAAGCAUGUUAUUUUAUGAUUUAUAGCUUAAAAUGGAAAGGUAGAUUGUGUACACACAUAUUGAGUCUUGAGAUGAUAAUGGCAUAUAGAAUAAUAGGACAUAAACCUUAAUAUCUACUAAGUAACAUUGAAUUGUUUUCACAAGAUGUGAAAUUUCUGGUGGAAUUUGAGAGAAAAAACAUAGUACUACUACAUGGUAAUGUUAGAAACAUUGGAAAUAAACUAUUUUGUGGUAUAAAAUGUAACCAUCAGUAGCAGAGUCAACUAUACAAAUGACAAUUGUCAAGAAAAAGGGUAAUUAAGUUAAAUAUCAGAACUUCUUUGCAGGUUCAUUUAGAAAAGAGAAAUCAUUUGUGACUUGCAUACUAUAAGUAGUCUUUCCCAUUGAAAUUCCACAUGAUAUAUUCUAUUUCCAAGUGUAACCUUAAGAUAGAAGCAGAAUGCUUUGCUCACUUAAAGGAUAGCAAAGAAGAUGUACUGUGAGUCCUAAUAUUACUGGGUAGUAGCUUUCAGUAUAUUAAUUGGAAUAACUUUUUUUUUGCCUUCUUAAAUAGCCCUUUUUUAGCAUUGUGAAGAUGGGUUGGCAGCCUGCAGUGCUGCAGCUUAUUCACACUUGCAACAGUAAGUUUUGCUGGUUGUUCUGCACCAGUUCACCAUGCAAUGGAUUGCUAUUACAGUGAAAAAAGAGCAAAGCACAGAUAUGCAGCAGGUCAGACACGGAGCAGAUCAAUUUGAUUACACUUCAGUUCAAGUGAAAUCUAAUUUAUUAAUGAAAAAAAAUGAAGAGGCCCAGAUUCAGACUGAAAUUAGCAUGAAAUCAUUGUUAUCAAUGGAGCCAUUUUAAUAUGAAACACAUUAACAUAAGAUUACUAGUUUUCACCAGCUGUUAUUGUGUCCAUGAAUCCCUUACAUAGCCUUAAUGCUUGAAAGUAUAUUAUCAUCUUUUUGACUUAGCAAGUUCCUGAUAGGCUGUGGCUUAAUUUGCAUUAGAAAAUAAGCCACUGAUCCCCAGUAUUAGCUCUCUUAAUGACAUCAACACCAUUACUCUUACCAGUUCUCUGUUAGUAAUAGCAAUUGUUUGUAGAUUGUGAAAUACAGCCCUGAGCAUGAUUUCAUUAAUCAUAUAAAAUACAUAGUGAGUUUCCCUAUCAUUAAUGCUGGUAAAUUAUGACAAAGAGAAACUAAAUGUCAUUUUUGUUGAUUUUUGUGCUGUUAAGACCAAAAUUACAUUCAGUAACAAAUUGAACUUGAAGCACUGUUUGAAGGAAGUGUAGGAAAAUUGUUGUGACUGGAACUCAUAGAAAUAUCUGCACUUUUCUACCAACCAGACUGGGAAGCUCCAUCUCAGCCCCACCUACUGAAACUUCUUGCAGAGCCCACCAAGGAAAAUGGCUAGUGCUCCAUCCUCACUCCUUUAGAGGUGAAUAGAUCAGCAGCAGGCAUGGUGUUCAGUGUGCUUAAGAACCAAGACAAAUGACAGUUGUCUUGUAUUGACAUCACUAUGAAGAGUUGUUGCCUUGAAGUUAAUGGUACACCCAAGCACAGGAUUCUACGUGUUGUCAUCUUAUUGCAGGUGAAAUCCUGAACAACCUCUGAGGUUUUUUGCAUCCUCAGAGAUUUGAAACUAAAUCGACAGCCAGACGUGUCUGGCAAAGAUGAUCAACAUUUUCCUCAAAAUGUUAUACUUAAAACUAUAUAUAUAUUUAGAAGAAGCACACUUUUGUACGGAGAUUCUCUGCUUUCUAUUCAUAACUUGUGUCUGCCGAUUGUUUCGGUCAUUUCUCUCUUUUCUGCCAAAGUUCAGUGCUUACAGGCCUACAAAUAUCAGUAAGAGUUAUUUAAAACUUACAGUAAAUUCUAGGGAACUGUAAUGUGAUAAUUGUCUUUCAUGGGAACGGGAAAAUCCCAGAGAGUUACCCAGCCUUUAAAAUGUUUUCCUCUCUGCUGUUCAUCUUUUACGAAAGACAGAGGAUUUUGCUUCAGAAAAACAAACUGGACUUUGGGGAGAGAUACAGCCAUUUCAUCAUUUACUCCUGCAGUACUCAGAACACCUACUUUGUAUCUGAUUCUCUGCACAGAGAAAAUUAAUUUAUGCAUAGCAAUUCUGAUGUUAACAGAAAUUAAUCAAGAAACAUGUGUGUGGUCUUUGCUAAAAUAUGUUUGUGAAUGUGAAUUUGCUAUGACAAUUUAAAUCAGUUUUACAUGAGAAAUAUUUCUUUUUCUUAAGCUUAUAUGGUGUUACUUCAAGCUUUUAUGCAACAUUUUUUUUUUUGCUUUUUUUUUUUUUUUUAAGACAUUUUCUUUCUCCUGGCAUUAUUUUUAAAAGCAAUUUCCUAUUAAAAAGAGCUAGCAUACAAACACUUCUGCUUUUGUCUCAAAUCAAGGCCAGUUUGGCAUUAAUCUUGGCUUUGGAUGACUGAUGUUAUUUACAAACCUAGCUAUUUUUUCAGCUGUUAGGAUUCUUCCAUCACUAGAACUUCAAAAAAGUCAGAGUUUCCAGUUAUGGCAUUGCAACCGUGAAAGAAAUUCUGCUGAUAAUUCGUCUCUUAUUACAGCAAAUAGAAGAAUUAAUUCCUAAUUUCAGCAAAGCUCUAAAGCAUAUACUUAAAUCCUGUAGAGAUGCAGUUUGUCAUCAAAUUUUAUUUAAUGCUUCAGUGAUCUGAUGUAUCAGAGUCAAAAUAACAUUAAUCUGGAAAGAAAAGUGAAAAUAAAGAAAAUGCAUUCCUUUC